AAACACUUGGUCUUUAUUUUGGAGAACUUUGGAUUUUUCGGUCAGUUUUUGCAUCGGUUGGCUAGGCCGUGGUUAAGCCAAAAACCAUGGGUUCUUGACUAACCACCCACCCAGCGAUGGGAAGAUCUUCCCAUCGAUGGGUAAGCGGUCCCUUAGCCAAACCUAUUUCCAAAACCAUGCCAAGCAGCGAUGGGAAGUUCUACCCAUCGCUGUUCAAGCCUUGGUACAAAAUUAACACAAGGCAGAACAACCUUGCCCAGCGAUGGGAAACCUAUCCCAUCGAUGGGAACCCAGCGAUGAAUGGCGAGGAGAUUCCAACGAAGAAGGUCGGUGAAAAGCUCGUCCCAAAAACCGAGGACGAAUUUGAUGCCGAAGACAUCAAAAAGGUGGAGAACUACGCCAAGGCAAUCAACAUGCUGUAUUGUGCUGUCAACCCUGAUGAUUAUCGCAAGAUCUCUUGCUGCACCACUGCCAAAGAAAUGUGGGAUAAGCUGGAGGUCACAUAUGAAGGUACGGACCAAGUUCGGGAAGCCAAAAUUGACUUCCUAACGCAGGAGUACGAGAUGUUCAGAAUGAAGGAAGGCGAAAAGAUCGAUGACAUGUUCGAUCGGUUCUCAAAAAUCAUCAACGACCUUCACGCUCUCAGGAAGACGUACGCCAACAAAGACCUCAAGAAGGGAAUAGCGCUGAAAGCAACCAAGGAGACCGUGGAAGUAGACUCAAGCGAUGAUGACAACGAGUUCGGACUCGUCAUCAAGAAAUUCCACAAAUUUAUGAAGAAGGAAUUUGAGCGCAAAGGAAGAAAGCAUGACGGUCCCCCGAAGUGCUAUGGGUGUGGCGAGAUAGGCCACAUCAAGCCGAGGUGUCCAAAAGGCAAAAGCGGCAAGGACAAACCUGGCUUCAAAAAGCAACGUGCCUAUAUCUCAUGGGGUGGUGACUCCGGCGACGAGUCAACUGAUCAAGAAGAGGAGGAAGCCGCCAACCUCUGCCUCAUGGCACACGAAGACCACGUCGACGAAAUACAAGAGGGACGGUUCGAAGUGAAGAAUUCUGGAAAUCAAGGGGAACCAGCGAUGGCAAUGGCCGGUGGAAAAUCCAAGAGCAAGGCCUCGAAGAAGAAGACCGCCGCCGAGGCUACGAGCUCUGCACCUCAACCCUUCCCAUAUCUCGACGGUUCCUUCUUGGAGUUCGGGUCGGAAGAGGAACUCUCUCGCUUCAUCACCCACUUCGCCAAGCGCCCCAUCUCUCCGCCAAGGGUGCUACCCGAGCUAUACCCUCAACAGAAGGGUUACUACGACCUUGACAAUCAACUCAAGGAGUCGGGUCUGUGGCCCUUCGUCUCCCGCAGUCGCACCUCCUUCAAUCCCGCUUACGUUUGGGCUUUCUACUCCAAUCUCCGCCGGGACGGGGACACUAUUCGCUGUAGCAUCAAUCUCGUGGACUUAGAGUUUGAUUUAGCUACCUUUGCCCGGAUCGCAGGUUUGCCCACUCGCGGUGACGACAUCGCGACUUAUGGUGGCGAUGAUUGGAUCCUCAACAACGAGGCGGUGGUCAUCCGAGAGCUUGGAAUCACCAACCUCGUCCGUCACAGCGGUGCACCAACCAUUCACUCAGCCCCGCCGGAGAAGCGCCUUCUACUCUACAUCCUCACCCGGAUUCUUCGCCCCCGGGAUGGCAGCCACACGUGUCUCUUCAACGAGGACCUCAAGGCCGUUCAUGCAAUCACCCAUGGCGCCUCGAUCAAUUGGGCGAAAUACGUCAUGAUCCACAUGGCGGAUUGCGCCUCAAUCUCCACCGAAAGGAGCUUGCCAUACGCCUUCCUCGUCAUGGAUCUCAUUGUCGCAUUCGAAAUUCACAUCGUCGGCCCGGACACGAAGAUGACAAAGAUCUGGAUCAUCCAAGACAGCACCUUCCGGAAGAAGUCCGUCCAUGGCCGAUACCCUGAAUCGGCUAACCGUCACCGUGGAUGGCAUGGGCCAGUACCUGGAGUGGAGAGGAUGGACUGGUCGAUACAACGCCAAGGCCACGACAUGAGGGCGUACUUCCGCGGCAUCAACUACGUCCCGCCGCCCUUUGACAGCACCUUCCUCGGCCAAAACUAUGAAGGCGAGGACGACGAGGAUGACUCCUAUGCCCCGUCCUCCUCCCCCGACGAGGCCGACUUUGAUGAGGCGGUCGACGGGGAUGCCAUGGACAUCGAGAACGACGAAGAAGACGAUGACGACGAGGACGAGGACGCCGCUGCCUAGACUCUUCUUUCUUUUACUUCCCUCUAUGAUUGUCCUUUUUAUUAUUUCCUUUCCCUUGUAUUCCGCAUUUCCUUUUAAAGAAAUAAAAGUUCACCUU